GUCACUCCAGCUCAUCCAUCCUGUUGACUGUGGUGCAGAGAGAGGGGGACCCGGGGGCGAGCAGAGCACAGGCUCAGGCGACACAGCUGAACUGAGCUGGGUACAUUACGCAUCUGAUUCACUCCUCGCGCCUCACUCCCCUGUUCCAGACCACACUGGAGGAGAGUGCUCGUGGAUGCUUUGCGCCGCUUUUCUUCUCCCAGCGCUGUUUUUGGUGCGGAUUACAGCUGCUGUAGAUACUACUGGGCUCGCGCUUUGGGAACAGAUCGGCUGCUGCAUUUCCAUUCAAAGAUGAACCAAACAGCGACCGUCUCUCAAGUCAAGUGCCAGUCCUCUAAAACCAUAAAGGAUCUGGGUGGGGUGAGUCCUCCUCAGAGGAACUGGAAGGGGAUAGCCAUCGCUCUGCUGGUCAUUCUGCUGGUCUGUUCACUCAUCACGAUGUCUGUCAUCCUCCUCACACCAGCGGACACUCUGGCUGGUAGUGACACUAAGUUGACAGUGGAGGAUCUGUUUGGUCCUGAUUUCCACGUACACGAUCCUGAGGCACUCUGGAUCAACGAAUCAGACGUCAUCUACAGGAACCGCAAUGGCCAUGUCAUCAGGUUCAACAUUCUCACUAAUGAAACGGAGAUUAUCCUGAAGAACAGCACAUUUGUUGCUUUUAAAGCAACUAAGUACUCCAUAAGCCCGGACAUGAAGUAUGUGCUUUUUGCAUAUGAUGUUAAACAGGUUUACCGGCACUCCUUCACAGCUUCCUACAUCAUCUAUAAUAUUCACACCAGGGAGGUAUGGGAGCUGGACCCUCCGGAGGUGCUUAACUCCAGGUUGCAGCAUGCUGCGUGGGGGGUGCAGGGUCAGCAGUUGGUGUACAUCUUUGAGAACAAUAUUUAUUACCAGUCAGACGUGAGGAGUAACUCCCUCAGACUGACUUCUUCUGGGAAGGAAGGCGUUAUUUACAACGGCAUCGCUGACUGGCUGUACGAAGAGGAAAUUCUGCAUACGCAUGUGGCUCACUGGUGGUCUCCUGAUGGUGAACGUUUGGCGUUCCUGGUGCUGAAUGACAGUCUGGUGCCCAACAUGGUGUUACCCACCUUUACAGGAGCCACAUACCCCAAAGGCAAACAAUAUCCAUACCCUAAGGCAGGUCAGCCUAACCCCAUGGUCAAAUUGUUUGUGGUGAAUCUUUAUGGACCAACACACACCCUGGAACUCACACCCCCUGAUCGGCUCAAACUCAGGGAGCAUUAUGUGGUGAUGGUGAAGUGGAUAAGUAAGACUAAGACUGCCGUCAGGUGGUUAAAUCGAGCUCAGAACAUUUCCAUCCUGACAGUGUGUGACUCCACCACUGGAGCCUGCAUCAAGAGACAUGAAGAGACAUCAGAGCUCUGGCUCUCCAAGCAGAACCAGGAGCCCUUUUUUUCUCAAGACAGCAGUCGCUUUUUCCUGGCCGUUCCAGUAAAGCAGGGUGGCGGUGGAGAUUUUCACCACAUUGCAAUGUUCACCACCCAGGUUAGAGCAGAUCAAAACGAGGUGCGUCACCUGACAUCAGGUAGCUGGGAAGUGACAGAGAUUGUGGCCUAUGAUGAAAAUUCCCAGACCAUAUAUUUCUUAAGUACUGAAGGGUCACCAAGAAGACGUCAGUUGUUUAGCGUGUCCACGGUUGAUCUGUUCAAACGACAGUGUCUGACGUGUGACCUGAAUAAAGCUCACUGCACUUUCUUCAGUGCCGACUUCAGCCCAACACGUCAGCAUGUCAUUCUGCACUGUAGAGGACCUGGAGCCCCUACAGUGAUCCUCCACACACUUAACACAGCCAAUUAUUUCAUUCUGGAGAAUAACUCACUUCUCAAAGCUGCUCUGAGGUACAAGAGGAUCCAGCUCACUGAAUAUAAAUCCCUGCAGAUUGACCGCUUUGAGCUGCCUCUGAAGAUUGCUCUCCCGCCUGACUUCUCCGACUCACGCCAGUAUGGACUGUUACUUAUGAUAGACAGUGGCCCUGGUGGUCAGCAGGUGGAUGAUCAAUACUCAAUAGACUGGGACUCUGUGCUAGUCAGCUCUGAUAACAUCAUUGUGGCUCGUCUGGACGGCAGGGGCAGUGGAUUCCAGGGUCAAAAGAUUCUACAGGAGGUGCAUAAACGUCUGGGAGUGGUUGAAGUCCAGGACCAACUCGCUGCUUUAGAAUACCUGCUGAAAUUUCCAUACAUAGAUCAGACCAGAAUAGGAGUGUUUGGCCGGGGUUAUGGAGGAUAUGUAACACUCCUGCUGGUGAAAUCUACUGAAAGCUUGUUUAAAUGUGCUGUGGCCAUGUCACCAGUGACUGACUGGACUUUACAUGCCUCAGCAUUCUCAGAGCGCUACCUGGGAACUCCUUUACAGGAUGAUAGCAGAUAUCAGUCCUCCAGUGUGCUACAGAACAUCAAGGGCUUUAAAGACCAGACUCUGAUGCUCGUACAUGGAACUGCAGAUGCUAACAUUCACUUCCAGCACUCAGCCGAGCUCAUCAAGAACCUGGUAAAGGUGGGAGCCAACUAUACAAUGCAGAUUUACCCGGAUGAAGGUCACUUCCUGUCAGAGCGGAGUAGGCAACAUCUCUCAGCAUCUCUCAGCAGCUACUUCAGAUCCUGCCUGCAAGAAGAGAUGCUGCCACUCAGUGACGAGGAAGAGGAGGAGGAAGAGUAGAAAGGAGAGUGUACCUACAGCAGGACCUUUACAUACACACACCCACAAAUGCACACACCUGCACAGACACACUUCUGCCCACACACACUCCCCGGCUUUCUUUUGGAUCUCACUUUACAGAGGCCUGCGACUCUGAACUGACAGAGAGAAAGAUUUUAGACAAAAGCAAGUGUGUGUAGUAUGUGUGAGUGUGUGCUGUGUGUAUGUGAGUGCAUGUGUGUUUGAGUGAAUGGUUAGGUAUGUGUAUAUAUGCAUGUGGGUACAUGUUUUGGUGUUUAGACUAUUUGGAUGUAAAGGCUGUGUCUGAGAAGCGAGUGAGUGUGUGUGUGUGUGUGCUUUUGAGUGUUUGUGUAUACCUGCAACCAUGAACAGUGGACGUCUGUCACUGGAAAAUGGAUUCGGUUGCCAGGACGACAUCAGAAUCCUUCACAUAUCAGAAAAUCACUGAGAUCUUAAGCUGGAUGUUUCUUGAUCAAGCCAGUCUCAGCGCUGACUUUUAUGAUUGAUCCUCGGUUCGGCCAGGCAAAGCGUACUGUCCUGUCCGCAUGGAACUGGUCCAGUCACAGAGCAUGUUUUUUUUCUUCUAUUCCCCUAAGUCUUUGUGUGGUAGAUGUCAGGACAAGAGAGCUGCACUUCGUCUGUUACUGCACAAGAAAAUGCUCACUGUCUCCAUGGCAACCGCUCUCACCAAGAGGAAGUGCAGUUCCCAUCAAUUAGCCCUAAGCCACACAGAGGAUGAAGCUGCUGGGUACACUCUCUUUCUCACACACACACACACACACACACACACACACACACACACACACACACACACACACACUCACACACACACACACACACACACACACACACACACACACACACACACACACACACACAUAUAUACAUAUCUGUAUACAACAGGCCCAUGUUGGAUUCUCAGCCUCAGAGGGCCUGUCCACACAUAAGACUACAUUAAACAAAUGUUUUCAGUAACCAUACAAGCGCUAUUAUUGUGUAUCCAUAUCCAAACUGCAGCUACAGUGAAAAGCUUGAAAGGGGAAUUCCACUGAUUUUUUUUUUUUUAUUUCUGCACAAUUCAGUUGUGUGAAACAGUGCACUAAAGAGAAACUUACCAACUUUUUACAAUAGUGGUGAAAGGAUCUGGGUAUCACUAUGUGUACAAUGCAAAUAUAGUUAUAUACAGAAGUUUGGACACCCCUGGUUCUAGUGAAAAUUAGUACACGUUUGGCUUUAACAUAUUGAACAAAAAUAAAAACAUAAAAUGCAACAAAUUUAUGGAACAUGUUAUUUUUUUGCCAUGUUACAUUCAGCAAAUAAAUACAAAUAAAUAAAAUCUGUGCUCUAAAACUUGCAAAAAAUUUUCAUAUUUAACAUUGUAACUUCUGUAACUUCUGUUUACUGUAUUUUCACCAAAAUCUACAUCCCAUGUAAGUUGACCAAGGCUGUUAAAAUUUUGGGACACAACUAUGUAGUUAUUGUCUUUAUUAUCCAAAAAUCCUAGUAAAAUGACUCAUUUAUAAAAAAUAAAAUGUAAAAUGACUUUUUAUAGGUAAUGUUGAUGAUAGUAAAACAGGGAUAAAUCUAUUUAGGGGCUAUUUUUUAGAGACAUUAACAGGCACCUACUGCUUUACUACCACUGUGAAGCAGUUGUUAAGUUUCUCUAGAACAGUAUAUGUCAUAACAAAACACUAUAAUGGCUUGUUUGCACAUUUAUGAUUUAAUUAUGUAGAAAUUUUUAAAAUAAUCUGUGGAACUUCCCCUAAUUACCCAGUUCUGUCCCAGAAAUUAGGAAGUAUAAUGCAAAAUAUAAUAGGUUUCCAGGAAAGCCUGGAAAUUCUGAGAAAUGUUUUCCAGUUGUGUCAAACAUUUCGUGAGCUUUCGUUAUGUACAUAAGUCAUGGAAAUUUUACUGAAAAAAAUGGAAAAUUGUUUCCUAAAUGAAGUGGGAACCCUGUUGUGGCACAUGACAGCAUCUUAAAUGUAGGCAAUAAAUCUCACAUUUCUCAUUCUGAGAUUGUUGUAAGAAUAUUGUAAGAUUAUUCAAUUAAAGUGACAAUUUUUAAAACAUAAUUGUAGACCAUACAGUCUUGUAAUGAGAAAUAGUGACUACAUUUAUGAUGCUUUCACUUUCUCAGAUUUCCUUGCAGUUUACAGUCAAGAGAUGGACUAACUGGGUAGUUUUCAGUAGUUUACCUGUUGCUUAACCCAGUCACUGUUUCUUUUGGCUACUUUAGGUCCCUCAUUUCAGUGUACUAGUACAGAAGUGUACACAGCAUGCACAGAAGAGUUUUCUCUAAGUUUAUAUUUGUAAUAGUUACAAGUCAAUUACAAAAGUUACACCAGUGAAUUCAAAGACUUGAAUGCUAAUGGUGCAAACUGGAGGAAUGUUUCUGUAACUGGUUAUUGAACAUGAUUCAUGUUGAAUGUGGAGACUGAGUUAGAAUGUUCUGUACCAUGUUUAAAUCCUUAGUAAGGUCAUAAAAUCAUGAAACCAUGGUGUGGACAGGUGUGCAUGUGUGUGUGUAUAUAGUAGACUUCAGAGAUGGCGGUGUGAUUUGUACAGAAGACUGUAUUCAGUACAUACAUACAGUAUAUUUUUGAGAUGUAUCAGAUCUCAUAGUAGUUUAGCCAGCAGGAUGAAUCCAGUCACCAGUACAUAUCUGUUUGUGUUGAUUUGUUUAUCACUGGGGGAGGGUGGCUUUUGUAAUGCUGAUUAUUGUUUAGUUUUGCUGUUUCUUUGUUUUAUUGUCUUUUUGGGGAGGCAGGGGUGGUCACAGGGGAGGGCGUUUGAAAGUUUGGACUGACCAUUUUUGUCCUCUAGUCAUGACUAUAAAUAAAUAACUCGUUAAACUGA